CGCUUGAUUGCAGUUUAUGUUCACUUCAGAUCAGCUACUGAUGCACAAAACAUCGAUUUACUUCGAGUACUUUAUUGAAGUAAGUUUAAUUUUAAAUAACUUUUUUUACUGUCGCUGUUUUCUUCCACAGUGAACAUAAAUGUCAUCCAUGUAAAGGUCCUAAAUUAAAAGGAAAGCUUAUGUCCUGUUUGUGAUCGCAUUUAAAUGUCAAUGCAACAAAUGGCCGAAGAAAAAACGGUAAGUGAAAAUUCAAUGCAGGCAGUAUGUGUUGAUGAAGCAGGGAGACUGGAUGUGAAACAUGUCCCUCGGCCUGAACCCAAAAAUGGGCAGCUCCUCAUCAGAGUCGCCGCAACCGCUUUAAACAGAGCCGAUCUUCUACAGAAAAGGGGUCUUUACGCACCUCCCCCUGGAGAGAGUGAAAUCUUAGGACUGGAGUCCAGCGGGGUGAUCGCUAACAUUGGUCCUGAGGUCAAGGGGAACUGGAUGCUGGGAAGUAAAGUAAUGGCUUUACUCGGAGGAGGAGGCUAUGCAGAAUAUGUAGCUGUUCCUGAAGAACUCAUCAUGCCUGUCCCAUCACACCUCGAUCUUCAUCAAGCCGCAGCUCUGCCUGAGGCCUGGCUGACUGCUUACCAACUUCUGCACUUCAUAGCCAAAGUGAAACCGAAUGAGACGGUGUUGAUUCAUGCUGGAGCGAGUGGAGUCGGCACCGCUGCCAUUCAGCUGGUUCGCUUAUGUCGUGCGAUUCCAGUGGUGACAACAGGAAGCCCUGAAAAGUUAAAAUUUGCAGAGCAGAUUGGAGCAGCUGUGGGAAUCAAUUACAAAGAGGAGGAUUUCUCAGAAAAAGUACUGCAGUUUACUGAAGGUAAGGGAGCUGAUGUGAUUCUGGACUGCAUUGGUGGAUCUUUUUGGGAGAAGAACAUUCGUAGCCUUGCAAUGGAUGGGCGAUGGGUGCUUUAUGGUGCAAUGGGUGGUAAAACAGCAGAUGGAGACUUGUUUGGCAAGCUUUUGGGGAAAAGAGGGCAUCUCCUUUGCAGUCUCCUCAGAAACAGAAGUUUACAGUAUAAAGCAGAGCUGGUCAGGAGUUUCACAGAGCAGAUUUUGCCGCACUUCCAGUCGACAGAUCCUCCCUUGCGGCCUGUGAUUGACAGCAUGUUCAACAUGGAAGAUGUUGAAAUGGCUCAUCAACACAUGGAGGCCAACAAGAAUAUUGGGAAAAUAAUUAUCAAAAUUGGAACCUCUUGAUCAUAGUAUUAUUAUAGAAUAUGUACAGUCAGUAACAUCACCUGAUCAGCCCCUGUGCAGCAGCAUUGAGAAUAACAUCUAUACUGUAGAGCAACAAUCAGCAGAUCUGUCACUGUUUACGAUCACUUAUAAAACUGCUGGCAGUGUUAAAUGUUGUACAGAAAGAUUUGACAGCCUAAAAUGUAUGAGAGGAAAGCAUACAGCUUAGGAUGAAGAAAAGAUUAAUGUGAUCAUAUGUUGCAAUCAGAUUAAAUUUUCCUCUUAUCUGUUAUUCCAUUUAGAUUUAUUUCCUUUAUAUCCUCAUCAUCCUCCCAUACCUGUAACAAAUCCUUCCCUAAAAUGAUACUUAUUAAAAAAAAAAUUGUCCA